AUUCCCGUAAGAACUUGUCAGCUUCCAUUUCUAGAUCCCCGUUCAGUUCAAAUUCUAGAUGCAGGGAAAAGAAACCGAUUUUUCAUCGUGUCAUUCCUGUCCAAGGCUUGCGCUGUUUCAGAAAAGAAAUUUAAGGCUUUCUCUCAAGUGGAAACUGUCUCUGCACGUUUUGACAAGAAUCUCUUUAGUGAACAUUUCAAUUUUGAGCCCAUUGUCAGGUAUGCACAGAUAUUUGUAUUUUCAAUAGAAGAUUCAUAUGUUUUGUAGUCAUACUCUACUAAUGUAGCCACUAGCCCUAAGGAGUUAUUGAGUAUUUGAAAUGUGAGUGCUUUGAAUUAAAAUGUAUUAAAAAUAUGAAAUCAACCUGAGACUUCAGACUUAAGUAAAGGGCUGGGUAUAGUGUCACAUCUCAACAGUGGGCAAAACAAGGCUGAACUAAUACAACCCUGUCUUUGAAAAAAAAGUAUUUAGUAAAAAUGCAGUAACAUAUUGUGAUUCUUAAUUGAUUAUAUUGAGUUAAAAUGGUAAUAUUCUGGAUAUACUGGAUUCAAUAAUCAGCCCUCCAUAUCUAAGUGUUCUACAGACAUUGAUUCUGCCAACUACAGAUUUAAAACAUUUCACAUAAACUGGGGUUUUAUUGAAUAUUUAUGAACUUUUUCCUUGUCCCUACUUCCUAACUAAUAUAGCCACUGUAAUGUUGAACUUUCAUUGCAUUUGACAUUUUAAACAAUCUAGAUGUUUUAUAGUAUAUGGCAGGAUGUGGGUAUUAUUAUUAUUAUUAUUAUUAUUAUUAUUAUUAUUAUUGAUGUUUUGAGGCAGAGUUUCACUGUGUAGCCCUGGCUGUCCUGGAAUACACUUUGUAGACUAGGCUGGCGUGAACUCUGAUAUCUACCUGCCUCAGCCUUCGGAGUGCUGAGAAUAAAGCCAUGUACCACCAUGCUUGGCUGUACAUUAUAUGCAAAUACUAUACCAAUAAAAAUCCAAGAAUUUUUAAUCUACAGAGGGUUUAGGAGCUAAUCUUCCACUUACACUGAGAGGUGACUACAUUAAAAUUGUCUUUACCUUUUUACUGAAAGUUUAAAAAUAUAUGUGUGCUUCUUAUUUUUGGUUCAAUUGUAUUUGUAUUAAAUAGCAGUGCAUGAAAGAUUCAUUAUAAAUAUGCAUGGACAUUCAUGGAUAGUUCUUUGAUGUUUAAAUGCCCUAGAAGUCCCAGGAAACUCAGGAUCUACACCCAUAAAAUCUCACCAACAUGACUGUCUAACACAUGAGCUGAACUCAUGAAAUGAAUUUUGAUUGUCAGUGAGUGUCUCCUAUCUUCAGUUCAUUAUACCCCAUAACUGUGGGAAGGCAAGUGGAUUUUCAGAUAUGCUGCCUUCCUAUACAAGCAAAGAAUCAUAGCUUUAAAAAGUAGGAUUGUAGGACCAGAGUUGAUAUUUCAUUAUGUAGACUGAAGUGCCCUAUUUACAUUCUUCUGAAGCAUAAGCUACCUCCCUGUGUCAUCUAGGUAACAUUUCUAUUUUCCUUGGAUUCUGAGUGGUGAGUUGAGCUAUUCUGCCUAAGGGAGGUGAUCUGAUACUUGUGUUAAAUUAGCUCUAUGGGCCUUUAAGAAAUCUAUUUUAAAUUCCCCAUCUGCUAUUCUAUUAUAAAUGUAACAGAUCAUUCUAUUUAGGUAGAAUGCUUCUAGGUAUCCUGCUGCUUGUCCCUGAUAAUAACAAUACCUCUUCCACUACCACUGGGUUAAGCUGUUAAGUUCAUCACCUUUCAAUUAUCAGGGCUACUGAAAUCCUUGGAUAAUUGGUCUUAUUGUAAACAGCGUCCCCACAGAGGCUUACCGGGAAAUAGGGUCAUCCUUAAAUUAGCCACGCUGUAGAAAAGACUCCUUGCUAGAGUUUUACUCAUGCUAAAUGUUAGGCUUCCCAAAGUUUUAGUUAUGGGAAGGGUUUGAGUUUGUACCUAGAUCAUAAGAUUUUUAAAUAUAGAAAUUGGGACAAUAAAUGCCUCUAGAUAAGCUUUCAUCAAAUAUGACAUAAAUGUCUUGGUAUUUGGUUUUGGAUCCUGUACUAGCUUUAUCUUUAGCUUUUAUAUUGCCACUUCCAUCAGUCGUUUGCAAGAGUGCAGUCACCAGUUUAGAACUGCAUGGAACAGAAGGACUUAGGAGUUGGUUCACAUCCUUUUUCUGUACUCUUUCUGUACCACUGCCUUUCUUUCAGGUUGUGGCUAAGUGGGAACAACUUAGCUUGGUACUGGUUAAUGACUUUGCUGGAGUUGGAACUGAGCAAGUCCUGGUCGUUUUUGAGGACUCUCUGGAUGCAGAUCAGCUGACCUCAUUUACAGUAACAGAUUUUGUCAAAAUAUGGUAUUCAACCAAACCACUGGAUUGCUGUGAAGACCCUCUGGCUGAAGAGGAACAUGAAAAUUAUUAUUUGGUGCUUCCAGCACUGGAAGCCCAAUUAGACAAUUCUUUUAUUUUUCUUAACCAAUUCCAGCAGCAUAUCUCAUUUAAGGAUAAAUUUAUUGCAAACUCUUGGAAGGCUCUUUUAAACUCAGUUUAUGGGAACGUUGAUAGUAUGCCAAGUGACGAGGAGGUACAGUUAGAACAGGGUGGUCUUGUUCCCUUCUGUGAUGAAGAUGAAAACAGUGUCCCUACCCCUGAGGAAAACUUACCAGACAAUUUUCCAGAGCCAGAACAUGUUAUAGAGCAGACAUGGUGCCAUGUGCUAGAUGAUGACUUAGUUGUUGGCGUGAAAGUCACAUCUUUGAAGCCGUCUGAUGGGAUGACUUUAUCACUGAUAAUGGAUCAAGCCAACAGGUCCAGUUUUCAUCUUAUGAAGUGUCAAAGUCAGUUGAUUAGUUUGAGUAUGAAUUCUUUUCCAGAAACAUACUUGUUGUCAAAGGAAACAGGACCAGAGAUCAAAAGGAUGAAGCUGACCUCUGGUAGCCAGGAAGAGGAAAGCUCUUUUUGCGGACAGUCAGCUAAGGCAGAAUCUACAUACGUAAUCACUGCUAUAACGUCUCUUUCUCCACUGUUAGUAUUCAACAAAUUGUCUUGCACUGUGCUGCUAAACGUUAGUGACAGAGAUAACCCUAAAAAUACUGUGCAUGAUUAUGUUUUCUGUGGCCACCUUGAUUUUAAUCUGCAAGAUCUUUUUAGUAAGAACCACCUACUGGCAUUCCCGAAGAAGCAAUCAAUAGAACAGACGGAGAAUCUUUUUUCACUUCUCACAGCAUUGCCCAAGUAUGCCUUCUGUGUCACGUCACCUACCCAUGCCCCCAAUUUAAUGAAGGUAUGGCUCUUAAAACACAUGAAAUGUGCAAAAAUCCAAGAAUGCACAGAAAUAUACCUUUAUAAAAAGCUACGAAAUUGUGAAGCACUCUUCUCCUGGGAGCAGAGAACAGCAUUUGAAGGAAUUUUAACAAUAUAUUGCAGGAGCCUAGGAGUUUUGUUCCAGUGUCUCGACCAUCUCAUCAAAGUUAUUCCUGAAAUAUGUUCCUUCAAAUAUCUGAGGUUUGAAAAUGAGGAUUUCUUAGUUGAUCAUUUGUCAUCCACUUUGGAGGCAGAACUGGUUACCUUUUGCUCUGUUUCUACUUCUGCCUUCGAGUAUGUUAGAGGUGGAUGUAUGUAUAACUGUAGCACAAGCAAAACAGAUAAUAGGGCCACGACUUUUUCAGGGAGAAGGGCCAAAAUCCGUCACUACAAGCGCCAAGUUCAGAGAGAAAAAAUAUUGAAGCACCUGAAUAGGACAGUAAAUGUCAGCAGCUAUGCCGAGAUGACUUUGGCAUUAGCUGAGAUACAGUUGCGAUCAGACCUCAUUGUAAAGACACUGACUGAUUUGUAAUUGCACUUUAAAAAUCAUGAUUUAAAGUGUUUCAUAAUUAUUGGCCUCUCUUGUUAUCCUUUGUUAAUAUAAAUAUAAAAGUUUAUUAUAUAGUC